GCUCUUUCUGGAUGGAGGCGUCUCCGGAAGGAGCCGGCUGCACGCCGUGGCCUUCACCUCGCAGCCUCUGCUGACCACACCUCCCCUAGCGCAGAGGCUGCCCCGUGAGCAGGAAAUGCUCCACCAGCACAGCCGACUCCCGGGAAUCCGGGUCUGACUGCCAGGAUGGAGGUGGGGCCAGCCACUGAGACCUUCGUGCUGGAACUUCGAUGUCUUCAAGAUGGGGGCCCAGGGCCUGACACCCUCUCAGGUGGCAGUGGUGGGAGCGAGAGUCAGGAGGAGGAAGAGCCUCAGGAGGGGAGCAGCAGUCCACAGCGGCCAGCAGUCUCAGCCCUGGUGGGGGCCAGUGAAAUCGCUGAGGAAGCCCAGCCAGGACAGCGGGAGUUGCCACUGCAGCAGUCAGAACAGCAGUCCGAGCUGCAGCAGCAGCGUGAGCAGCUUCAACAGCCACAGCCACACCCAGAACUGCAGCAGCAGCAGCAAGAUGGGCACCAGCAGCUGUCUCAACUACAGGAAAAACACCUAUCCAUGCACCAUCAGGAACUGAAACCAGAACUGCAGCUAAUGUACCAGCAGCAACAGCCACAGCCACAGCCAGUGCAAGAGCAGCAGCAGGAGCAGUUGCAGCUGCAGCAAGCACAGGAGCCACAGGUGUUGCAGCAGCAGGAACAGCUACAGCAGCAAGUGCAAGAGCAACAGCUGCUGCAGCAACAGCAGGAACAGCUAUGGCAGCAAGUGCAAACGCAACAGCUGCUGCAGCAGCAGCAGCAGGAACAGUUACAACAGCAAGUGCAGCCACUGCUGCUGCAGCAGCAGGAACAGCUACGGCAGCAAGUGCAAGAGCAACAGCUGCUGCAGCAACAGCAGGAACAGUUACAACAGCAGCAGCUGCUACAGCAGCAGGAACAAUUACAGCAGCAACAGUUCCAACAGCAGCAGGAACAGCUGAAGCAGCAGCAGCAACAGCAGCAGGAACAAUUGCAACAGCAACAGCUGCAGCCUCCUCCCUUGGAGCCCGAGGAGGAGGAAGAGGUGGAGUUGGAGCUCAUGCCGGUGGACCUGGGGUCAGAACAGGAGCUGGAGCAGCAGCGGCAGGAGCUGGAGCGGCAGCAGGAGCUGGAGCGGCAGCAGGAGCAGCGGCAGCUGCAGCUCAAAUUGCAGGAGCAGCUGCAGCAGCUGGAGCAACAGCUGGAGCAGCAGCAGCAGCUGGAGCAGCAGCAGCUGGAGCAGCAGGAGGUGCAGCUGGAGCUGACCCCGGUGGAGCUGGGCGCCCAGCAGCAAGAGGUGCAGCUGGAGCUAACCCCGGUGCAGCCGGAGCUACAGCUUGAACUUGUGCCAGCCGCAGGAGGCGGCGGAGCGGCGGUCCCCGGGGCUCCAGCCGCGGUCGUGGUAGCCCCUCCGGGCUACGUGGUGCUGCAGGAGCUCAUGGUGCUGCCCGCCGUGGCCGCGCCGGCAGUAGUGGCCAUCCCAGGCCCAGCGGGCAGUGCAGCGCUGACCCCCGCGCGGCAGCGGCGGCGACGGCGCGCCCGAGACCGGCCGACCAUCUGCGGGGAGUGUGGCAAGGGCUUCAGCCGCAGCACUGACCUGGUGCGCCACCAGGCCACGCACACGGGCGAGCGGCCACACCGUUGCGGUGAGUGCGGCAAGGGCUUCUCGCAGCACUCGAACCUGGUGACACACCAGCGCAUCCACACCGGUGAGAAACCCUACGCCUGCUCCUACUGCGCCAAGCGCUUCAGCGAGAGCUCAGCACUCGUGCAGCACCAGCGCACGCACACGGGGGAACGACCCUACGCCUGCGGGGACUGCGGCAAACGCUUUAGCGUCUCCUCCAACCUGCUGCGCCACCGGCGCACGCACUCGGGCGAGCGGCCCUACGUGUGUGAGGACUGCGGCGAGCGCUUCCGACACAAGGUGCAGAUCCGCCGCCACGAGCGCCAGCUGCACGGCGCGGGCCGCUCCCGGGGCCUUGGCCUGCUGCGCGCCUCACGGCCCGCGGCCCUCGGCGGCCCGGUCCGCGCGGACCAGGCCGCAGCGGCCACUGCGCCCCCAGACAAGGCGCUGUGAGGCCAUGAUCAGGGCUGCCUGGUCGGAAGGGGAUCCCCCACCCGCCUCCACCUGAAAAGCUCCUCGACCCGGGUUCGUGGGCGCUGGAGGCAUCCUGGAAUAUCCCUGGAAUAAAAGGCUUCCAUCCUCAUCAUCAUUCCCGGAUUCCCUGAGAAAUACUAAGGUUCACAGAUUGGCCGCCAGAAAAAGAAAAAAAGAACAUCCGCCAAAAGAGAAGCAGACUGGGGCUGAAACAGCACGCGGGACACGUUUCUCUGCCCUUUGAGGGGCCUGCCAAAAAUUUCCCCCCUGGGAAAACUGGACUUAUUACAAAAGAGGAAAAACUCCCAGUGGCGAGACAGUGAAUGACACUGGACGAAGACAGGACACCUACCAGGGAAUCAAAGAUGUGGUGAGACACACACGGAAAAGCUUCAAUCCUGGUGAAAAUGAUCCCAAGGAGAUACUCGGGGAGAAAGCAAACUUGUUUGCACUAUGUAGAAACUGAUCAAGUCAUUGAAUCGUCCUCGGGGGCAUUUGCCUUGAAAAUACUUUUUAAGAUGAAAAUUCAUCAGGGUGGGUAUAAUUCUGAUGAAAACGCCUGUGUUCAUCAACACAGGGUCAGACUAUUCACGGGGUCAAUGUGCAAAUCGAAGCCAGGAAGUCCUGCUCUGGGUGGAAGGUGGAACCUUCCCUCCAGGGAACCAGGGGCUCUGGCGGGCUUUGGAGGCAGGUUCUUGGCCUUUGCUGCCAUGUCCCCCAGUCCCCCCAGUCCCCAUUAAUGUCCUCUUGAAUAAGAGCCUGUGGCUGAAGCAGAGGGCAUUCUGGGAGAGCUCUCCAAAGUCUGGAAGGAGGGUCCCCCAGAAGGAGCUCUGGGGUAGCCUCACUGUGGCCCCCGGACUCCACCAGCUUCGUGCUUCUCAGAUGCCGCCCAGGGGUGGGCAUGGGGAGACUGGGGCAUAUUUCUCCUGUGUCAGGCUAUGGGGGUUUGGAGCGCUGCCUGAGCAGACCCUGCCCCGUGGCUGGGGCUGGGGGAAGAAUGUCUGGGACAAGGAUUGGGAGCAAUGCUCUUUAUCACGUUUACCAAAUCGUCUGAGGCAGGGGCUGUGAGCAGCAGCAGUUGCUGGUGCCUUGUGGGAAGGUGGUGUGGGGAGGAGGCCACCUGCCACCUCUGCCUCCAGUCACUUCCUGCUCCACCUGACUCUUCACGUGUGGCUGCUUAAUUCCUGCCCCUCUCUCCCCAGCUGCUUCUCCUUUACUAACACACCUGCUACAUUUUACACAUGUGUUGGUAAGUGAGAAACAGAAACAAAAAAUAAAAUACAGAAAUACAA